UCUAAAUUUCUGUAAAACUAUUAUAUAAUCAAAUUCCUGAAAUUUUAUUCAAAUUCCUGCAGGAAAUGCCUGAACCUGACAGCCUUAACUAUCUGGGUGGACACCGCCCUGACUCCUGUUACUCCGUGUCUCGUAUGAUGAAAAUGACCCACAUCCCCAUAGCAAAUCAUAUAUUCUGAUGGAGUGCGGUGAAGGUAUGAUCGCCGUCGUGAGGGGGCUGAAAGAUUCAGCGCUAGCUGUCACUCUGUUGGACGGGGGGAAACAUUAUACAUUGCAGCCUGAUGUACCUCCUCCAACGUAUGUGAACAAUGCGUCGGGUUCUCAAUGUGCCGCGGAUGUGGUGCGACGGGAGAGCGGGGUGCAAGCUACUGAUGGCAGAUAUGCUAGUACUUAUAAGAUGAUGCACUGCCACGUGACGCCAACAUCGCCACACACUGAAGUCACGGAAUUUCCGCCACAGAGAGCGGAAUUAUGUCCAGGUCAAGGAAACUUUGAGAUUGGUGGACCCGGCAGUUGCGAGAAAUACAAAGCGACAAAGUCUAACAGUUACAAGGGUGGUCUAUGUUGGCCUGAUAAAGGUGCAGUAUUCACAUCCCGACCGUCUGUUCAACCGGACGCGUUCGCAAGCUCUCUCCGCAAAUAUCCAAACAUGUCUCCAGAAAGAUCUGCGGAAAUUAUGGAAAGAUUUAUAUCGUAUGCUCAGAGUCGGAGUAUUACAUCAAAAACUAAAUCUCCAUCGCCAACUCGUACCAUCGAAUCUGAUACAUCCACAUUUUGUUUAGAAACGUUGAGAAAUACUAACUCUAAACAAUAUAGAAGUCAUGAACCUGAUAUAAAUCUUAGGAAUAAAAGAAUAGAAGAAUCACCCACACGCGAAAGAUCUAAAAAGCCUCUCGAUUCUGAAGUCGAAUCUUGGAGACGAGGGACGUUCGGUAAAACCACAGAUGUCAGAUAUUUGAAAGAUGUGACUAGAGUGGUCAGAGAAAGCAUACGUAGUAUGGCGGCUUAUAAUCAGCCAGAAAAACUUCCAAGGCACGAGAGUCCAUCACCAGAGAGACGUACACACGCACAAAAGAGUUGCAACUCAGUGAAUAUGGAAAUACAAGCUGCGGUGCAAAUGGUGUCCAGAGAAAUGGUGACGUCACCGAAAACUAAGCCAUCACAGAGGAAUGUAGCAAUAUCCAUAACACCACCACCAUCAGCGGCUCGAAGUUCAGGUGCAGUAUCGUUUAGAAGUACAGAUUUUGUCAAUUUUGAACCAUCCUCUAAAUCUAUUCAAACAAGACAAACGAACAUUAACCUGAAAACUAUAUCAAGCUUUAACAAUUUACGGAAACGUAAAAGACGAAAUAAUAGACGCAGUAAAUCUGAUGAAGAAAUUAGAUUGGAAAUAAAUAAUACAACACACGUAAAUGAUGGUCAGAAAAUAGAUAAACUAAAAGGUCUGCGUAAAGCAAAAUGUGCAUGUAAAGUGUCGAAGAAUAAAAAUAAAACACCCACAAAACGUGCAAGCUUUAGAAUUCACGAAAAUGAUUCUCUUGAUGAUUUGGAUAAUUUUGAUUUCAAACCUUAUUCAGAACAAGCUCAUGUGUUUCAUACACAAGUUAAGCCAUAUAAAGCAAUCGAUGAAGACGAUUUAGCAGUAUUAUUGCAAGAUUGGCUUAGCAUUAUACCUCUAAAACCAGCGAACUAUUUUGGAAGACCCAUAGAAAAGGAAUAUUUGUUUUAUGACUUGCUAGAUAAAUUGAAACACACUGCUUGCCAUUUGCCAGAACAUAAUAGAAGAGAUAAGAUAAAGGAAGAUAUUAUAGGACUUUUAAAUGAAUUCCCUGUGGAUGUAAAAGGGAAUAGAGAUGUGUAUUUGGGUAAAUUAGCUGAUGUUCUCAUAGAAAGAAUUAAAAACCUUGGUCGUGAUUCAAAUGUUAAUAAAAGAACAAUAAAUGUCAAUAAUUUUCAUGACUUUACAAUGCAUAGAUAUAUUCCACCGACAGAAAAUGAACUUAGGACUUUUAUUUCCGAUGAGCUCGUUUCAUUUAUUAGAAAGUAUGGUUUAGUGUAUCGUCGUCAUUCCUUACUUGAAUUAGAAGAAGAAUUAGUCGAUGUAGUUAUGCUUUUCAUGGAAAACAUACACACAACCAAUAAUGAUCUGCUUGGAGAUGAUUUAAUUAAUAUUUUAAUAGAUUAUGGCUUCUUGGACCAUCAAGCGUCGCAUUUUGUACAUAUUUUAAUCAAACAUCUAAGAGAGGCAUUUUUAGAUGACUCGAAUACAACAAGGCAAAGUAAAGGAGAAGCAUUAGUUGUACUUCCUAGUAUACAGUCACAAAAUCCAUAUACAUCUGUUAAUGCAAAUGAAUACAGUAUUAGUGCGAUAAAUGAGUCAGACAUAAAUUCACUAAUGGAAACAUACACGAGGCAACUAUGUGAACAAAUCAAUGAAUGGUUGACAUCGAUCCAAACACUUUUACCAAGAAUCAAUGAAAGAGGGUUUAGACAAGUAGUUGUGAAUGAUUUAGCAGGGGAUAUCAUCGAUAGACAUAAAUAUUUGGAAAUGAAUCCAGGCAGCAGAGGAACGGAUGAAGCUGAGCUAGAACAUUUGAAAUACCAAAUAUUUAAAUGGAUAAAUAAACUUGCUGGCGAGGACACGUUGCAACCGGGAGAACACGCACCAGAGUUGAUGAGAAGAAUACGUAGUAUUCCCGUUCCAAUGCUAACAAUACCAAAUAAUCAACCAAGAAUAGGAAAUAUGAAUGACCUUAAAACUAUUGAACAAUUCACAGGCGGGACAAGUAAUCGAGAUGACACUAUUCAAAAUUCCGCAGUUAAUACUCCGAAAACAACCUGCACGCCACCAAGGUCUUGUGGUAAAGAAACAUGUAGUCAAAACCAGAGUCACGGGGCGUGUUGCCCUGAUGAAAAUCUUGUUCCACCAGCAUCAGCAUCCACAGAACGAUUGAAUGAUGAAUAUGAACAAUUUGUUAAAAAUUGGGUUCAAAAGAUACCUAUAAGAACAUCAUCACCUGAAGAAGAAGCUUUAGCCGAAAAAGCUAGAUUGGGAAUUCAUAAUGGUAUUUGGAAAGCACUCACAAAGAUUCGAUGUGAUCCAUCUAUAUAUAGAGAGAGGUUUUAUUUUGAGGAUGUAUUAGACGAUGAAGUAGAGGAUUUAUUAAAUUGUCUACCACAAACGCCUGAACUUCAAGCCAAGAAGCACUUAUUGAAAGUAGAAUUAAUUAAAAGAACGAUAGAUACGAUCGAGCAAAAUAAAGCUGAACUAGCGAGGUCGUUUAGACAAGAACUUAUAAGAAAUGUAGAUAAUAGUCUACAAAGACAGGAUCUGAAUACACCUAGUGACAGUAAUUCUAAAGCUCGAGAAGAAUUAGAAAUAAUGAGGAUCGUUGAACAAUUUAUUUUAUAUUCAAACUACAAAGACGAAGACCCUCUUAAAUCAGAAGUGUACAGAAAAAGGCUACUAAAAGAAAUUAAGGAGCUCAUUGAUGAAAUAAAGAAAAAUCAUUCAGACCAAGCGAACAUAAACUAUACUAUGUAUAUAACAGAUAUUUUAAACGCUUUGCAUCAAGUACCCUUGCCUGGUGACGACACUAUUAAAGAAGAAGCCAAUAAUAUACUUUUGGAAUUUGAAAUCGAAAAGUGGUUUACAGAUUUACCGAUAGUGUUAAAUGAAGACGACACUAUUGAAAUAUUACAAUGGAAAAGAAAACUUGAUAACUUAACGCAAAAAAUACGUGAUUUAGAAAACAGUGUAAGUCCUGCUGAUCUACGAGAAAGAAGUAUUAGAAAUGAAAUACUAAAAUUUUUAGAAAAAGCUCCUUUACAAGGUGAAAACAUCAAUAAAGAUUUCAUGGCAGAGCAGCUUGUUAAUAGAAUAAAGAAUAGAGAUCAACUGAAUCAAUCGAAACGCGUUGCUUUCAAUGAACCUGGAUCAUACGACGAUUUUCGUUCAAACGUACCAUUAUCAUCUAGUUAUAUAGAAAAACCUCAUCCCAUUACUCCAUCUAGUGAACAAAAUCAAAUCCGAAAUUCACUUGCUCUUAGAAACGAAGGCCACCAACAUAGUGGAACAGAUAUCAAUUAUGAUGCUUUCUCUCAGGGAAGACCUAAAGAGUCAACUUUCAAAGAUCGAGAUGAAUCUGAUAUUUCAUACCAAGGGUUUUCUGGUAGACAACCUUUAAGUUCGACUUUUAAAAUUAAACCUAACCAGUCGUUUGGUCAACAAGAAAGCUUUCGUGGAAAUGCAUCUGACGAUCAUAGUCAUGAAGGUCUCGACCAAAAGCAACCGAAAAGUUCAAAAUUUAAAGGCCAUGAUGAAUCUCAGAUUUCAUACAGAGAAUUUUCUGGAAGACAACCUGCCAGUGCAUUUAAGGAUAAAGAAGAAGGUUUUGUUUCCAUACCGCCUGCUCCACCGAGCUUUAUUCAAGAAGCCUCUGUUGGCAACCAUAGAGACAAAACACAAGCACCAUUACCAACAAUACAUGAUGAAAGCAAAGCUCACGAUGCAUCUGAUAUAUUAUCUUAUCAAGGAUUUUCUAAUAGACGACCGAUUAGUUCCACUUUUAAAAAUAAACAUGAUGGUUAUACUAUACCAGUGACGUCGACUAAUGGCAAAGAUUCAAUACAAUCCACUCCAUCAACGCCACGUCGCUCUCUUUCACAACCCCGCAAAGAAAGACAAUCGUCUGAUCAAUAUAAAACAUUAAAACCAACACCAAAACCUUCUAACAAGAAAAUAGAUCGCAAUACUGUAGAUCAAAGCGCACAAAUGAGCAGUGAAAGAAGCGGUGUAGUUCUAGAAUGCUGUAAACCACAUUGUGAAUUAGGAAAUAAAGAGCGUUUAAGUCAAGAAGCAGGUUCUAGUGGACUACACAUAGCAACCCCACAACCAGCUAGAUAUCAGAAAGGUCAACAUUCUGUCUCCAAAGGCAUCAUAUUUAAAGAUAGAGACGAUUUUAGCGCGACUCCAAGAUUGACACCGAAUGAUCCAAUAAGAGGAACAUCAGUGGAAUGUCAAACUUCUGGACAGGCUCAAGAGGAAGUAAGCGAUAUACACUUUAGUCAAGAUGGAAAUUAUAGAACAAUAGCUACAAAUACACCUAGAAAACGAAUUCUUUGUUUGGGAGAUGAUAUUGCAAAGUUGUUGGAUGUAGACAAUGCUGAUGAUAGUGAAAUUCGAUGCAGAUGUAUUGAACGAUUCUUAAGAUGCAAGAAACAAUUACGACGAUUUGCUUGCGAUGGUAUAGACGCGGAUAUACCUUCUUGCCUUCCACUUAUGUUUACAUGUCCGUGCUUUCUAUAAAAUUGUUUAUCUUAAAGGUCCGAUUUUGAAAAGUGAAAACAAAUACAAAUAAAUAUAUGUGUUGUGAAAUACGUUUUGUGAUAUGUUUUGGCCAAUGUGAUGUGUUUUCCUCAUUUAUUGGAGCAAUAAAACUAUACCCAUCAAUA